AUGGAUAGUAAAUGGGGGUCAAGCGAACGUGGAUUGCCAGGCUGGGAGUACCUAUACUCGGAGACAUAUGAGCCUGUGGUUCCGGAGGACAUUGAUAAUUCUUCGGAUCGCUACAUUCAGAAAUUGAAGGAAUAUGCAAGGUCUUUACCAUAUGCAAUCGAGUCCAAUGCGAAGAUACAGGCUAUGCUGGACUUUAUAUUGCUUCGCAUUACGCAAUGUGUUGAGGCAAAAGACUAUGACCCUGGACUCAUACAGUGGGACAGUAUGCUAUCAUACUGGUCUAUGCUCAAGUAUCCUUUUCCGAAAGAGAAAAGAAUGAAAUUAGCCAAGUUAUACUUUCAUGUCAGCACAACCCCCGGAAUGUCCACACAAAUUGUCGCCAUUUGUGCCGACGGGUUAUCGACUUUGACCCGCUCAAAAAAGAAGCUAUCUAUCGAGGACAUGAGGCUACCUUGGAAACCUAUAUAUGAUAUACUCAGCCAAGAUUUAUUUUUGUCAAGAAGGCAGUUUGAAUACAAUCAAUUGUCAUGGUGCAUGGGCUAUAUUGCCGAUAUAGUACGACGUUUUUUUCAUCCUGCUGCUAUUGAUGAAAUGCUGGCAACUUUUGUGCCUCUUAUCAAUGGGACGGAUUUGAACAGCAUCCUCUCGUCUCAAUACUAUCUUUUGACCUUCUUACCUUUGACACACCCCCAAUCGUAUCUCCCCAUGUUGAGUCGUUUAUGGGAGUCGAUCAACUCCUAUAUGUACGAUGAUAGGAUGUUACACUUUUUAUCUCGUCUUGCCGAAAUGCAUGUAGACCCAGAUAUCAGUGAUCCUGCCAAGUUCGAAACUAUCCCAGAUGAUGAAAGGUCUGAGGGUGAAGGUCGACCAAAAUGGUGUCGUGACGACCUUAAAGAAGACCAUGCUUGGUCUGGCCUUUACAAAGAUGUCGGAAUUUUUACCGAGCAUGAGUGGCACCUGAUUAUGUGCAAGUGUCUGGCAUCAAUGGGUGUGUAUUUAUAUGAUCAGUUAAUUAUAAAAAUACCUCUCGCAGACGCUGGGUCUUUGACCACAGGUCCUUCCGCAGAUAACUCUGCAGGAUUUGAGAUUGGUAGGCUUCCUAAACCGAGUUGGAGAAUCACUUCGCUGGCGCGCAUCAUUGUCUAUUCCAUGGCGCCUGAUGGGCCAGUCAGUCCAGCGUCCAACGCACCUUCACCGCUCGUCACUCCUGCUCCUUCUGGGGUUAGCACUCCACAGUUGCAAGGCGGAUCAGUUGCAGAUUACUUGACGGUUCCUUUACACAAAUUUGGCCACUCAAAAGGCCAGACUUAUAUUGCUGGAUGUAAAGCGCUAGAUUCACUAGCUAGGCUGAUUGCAUCUACUGAACACUUUUUUCAUCCAACCAAUUCUGGUAGUUGGACAAAUGAUCUGAGUUCCUUCAUCAAAUACAUUGUGUAUGAGUUCAACAAACGUUGGCAUGAAGAAGAGAAACCCGAUUGCAAGACUCCUAAGGCUCGCCGGUUGACACGGCUGAUGAAACGCGAAUUAGUCAAAUGUCUCAGGACAGUGGUUCUUCUUGCCAUGUUCUCACAAGAUUCUGCUACAGUAACCAGUAUUCAAAGUGCUCUCAAGUCUAUGAGUCUUUUAGAACCAGAUCUCAUCUUGCAUCCCAUUCUUGAAAGAGCCAUUCCUUCUUUGGAAGCCCUGGUAGAGACCCAUCGAACACUUGCAGUCAUCAAGGCGCUGGGUGCUGUAGCACCGGCUCUUGUAUCUCGUGAAGUAUAUUACCCGGGAGGAAAAUAUCUAAUUCAGAUACUUCAGCUUUUAAUUCCUGGUAUUGAUCUCAACGACCCUUCCAAGACUCUUUGUACGACAGGUUUCCUUGCAGAAAUAUCCCAGUACAUAAUGUUCAAAGACCUGACGUCUUCUGAAGACUCCAAGUUUCUUGAUUCACCAGAGCAAACUCCCCUAGAUACCACGAAUGGCUUUAUUACUUACGAUAGCUCAGAUCAAAUUGCGGAAAACGAGCUAUCUAACGAGGACGAAGACAAGAUUUUGAAAGAUACUACUGGAAGCUUUGCCACCUGGCUUGGUGAUUUGAUUGGACGAAUCAUUCAACUACUCGAGAAUCUCCCGGAAGAGGGUGUGGGCGGAACGGCAGGAGGUACCACUGAAGUACAGGUUGUGGAUGCGGUGACUGGAGCCUUCAACCAGAUCUGUGUUCAUCUAUCAGAUUCCCUCUUUGAUCUCGUAUUAAAGAUGAUAUACGACUACGCGAGUACAAACGUUCGUUCGAAUGCCGUCCGUGCCAUUCACCAGUUGGUGGAAUGUGUUGCAAAUGCGAACCCAGAGAAGACGCUGGCGAAGUUUUUCCCAUUUUGUGUGCAGAACAUUCUCACAGAAAUCGAUCAUGGCGCCAGUUCGGUCCGGACGACAUCUUCUUCGACCCCGCUCCCUUCUGACGCUACUUUGCACUGGAACCUUGCCAUCCUAAGGGGUUCUGUAUACAGUGAUGGAACAGCAGUGCUCAAGUACAAGGAUCAGUUUUUACACCUUUUCAAAGUUUUGCAAAGGAAGACUUACUCCAAACGCGGUUAUUCCUGGAGUGGAAAACUGUUGUCAAGCACCCUUGUCACCCUUACUCAUACUUACCCUCUUGAGAACAGAUUUGUCAAUCCCGAUGAGUGGAAUAACGAAGACCCUAUAGAAUUCCAGAAUAAUCAUCACAAGUACUGGGGUAAAUUAUACAGUCCGGAAGAUGUCCAAUUGUCCUGGCAUGUCCCUAAUAAUGAAGAAAUUGAUUUUGCUCUGCGCCUUUUCAAAGAGCUUACUGUGCCAACUUUGGAAAAGCUAGAAAAUUUGCUAGAUAUCGUUUCACGAGAUGCCGAAUGGCGUAAUGACUUUUGUCGAUAUUUGACCUUCGUGCAAAAUGCAUUCUCUGGUAUUCCUACCCUUUUCAAGGACGUCAUCUCAACUAAAGACCUCCAAUCAAUGACCGAGACAAGUGAUGUUUUAAAUGAGAUUCCAGAAAUGAUUGCGUCUAUUGAAAAUCUAAAUUCCGGAUUCUGUUUAACUGAUCCCGAUGACGAGCGUUUCCAGUUCAUCAUUUCAUUACGACAUCGUUUUGGGCAAUUCCUGCAUAAAGCAUCAAUAUCACUGCAACAGCAAGGUGAGGAAAAUACCGUAGAUGCUGUUCAAGUGUUGCUACAAUCUAUCCGAACAUACAUGCUGGAAUAUGGGGACAGCAGAGAUAGUUACUCUAUCAACGGAGAACAGUAUUCGAGUGAUAUCAACGUGGCCCGUCAAUAUGCUGGCCAGAAGAUUUGGCCUAGGGCGGUAUAUGUUCGUCGCGCCCGCCAUUACCAUUCUGCCCGAUUACAUUGGAAUUCUAUUGAACGGUCACGAGGAGCUCUCGAGAACGUUCUGAUCGACGACGUUGUUGAGUGGUCUAUGUGGCAUUACCCAAAUGUGCGAGAAUCUAGCCAAUAUAUACUGGAUUCCCUUUGCUCGAUCUACGAUGGUGUUCGCAUUCGUGCACUCCCUAUCCUAUAUAAGGCAUUGGAGCCUGGUUCGGACGAUGAUCGAAUGAAAGGAGCAUUAUGGACAUUGAAUAUGUCUACUUUUGGAAAAUUUGCGAUAUCAGAACCUACAUUGGCUACGGAAUACAUCAAGUGCCUCCUUGAGUGUCAACAUAACGAAAAGCCUUCUAUCCAAAAUUGUGUAUCGACGGUGGCAGAUAAUAGCCUUCAAAGCUUCCUCGAGCCUUGUUUCCUCGUUUAUGACGUCGAAAAUCCAGCACUGGACAAGUCCUUAUCUGAUUUGCAGGCUUGCCUUACUUCCACAGAACAUGACAAGGACAUUACUCGUCGAGCAAGAGAAAAACGUAUAGAGCGAGUUAACUUAAUGAAUCAGGCUAUCGACGCUACGACGCAUUGGCGUUAUGCCAUUGCUGCUGUUAGGGUCCUGCGGACAUGUAUUCGGCGGGACGUACUCAUGCGGCCGGAGCAUGUUCGCAUUUUCUUUGAUAAAGUCCAUGAUAGCAAUCCAACAAUGCGCUAUUAUGCCCAGCGAGGUCUGAUGAAAAGCCUUCGGUAUAUAAAACUUCGGACAUACUGUCGUGAUCCCAUUGCAUUAUCCUUGACAGCCAACAGAAACCCGCUGAAACGUCGGGUCACGAUGAAGCCCUCCUAUGCGUCGACCAUGAAAGUUUUAGGCAAGUACAGAUCUCAAACACAACUUGAAAAUUCUAGCACGGAACCUGUAUACUAUGACCAACUCCCCCAAGGCUGGUUAGCAUGGAGUACUAGUGUCGACGUCUAUAUGCAACCUCAGCCAACGUCUACUACUUUUCAGUGGGAAGCAUCCAGUGAAGACGUCAUAUCCUGUGUUCGGGAGAUAGUGCAAGACUCGAGUUUUUGGAAGCAAUUAUCCACUCACUUUGCAGAAGAAAACUACGAGAAGAGAAUUCUCCAAGAUAAUAUAUCGGAUGUGAAAUCAAUUUUUCAACUAUUGGAAGAUCAGCCAUUUGAAGCUUUGAAACCUACUUUGGAAGAGCUUUUGGCUGAUAAAGACCAAAACAAGCAGCGUGCUGCCGCCGAAUUGCUGGCAGGUGUACUUAAUGGAUCUAAGCACUGGAGUACUGUAAAGCAAGAUACUUUGUGGGAGUGGGCAUUACCCUUCAUCAAACAAAUUGUUGGGAAAGAUAUCAAAACAGAUACCCUCCCAAUCUGGACAUCUUUCUUUGAGUACCUCUUUUAUAAAAAGGAUCCUCGAAGGAUGCAGCCUCUGGUAGAUUAUGUUUUUGAGGAAUUCAAUAACGCGGACUACAAUGGCGAAUCCGCGUUCGAUUCUGUCAAAAUUCUGUCAUUAUUCAGGGCGUUCUACUCCGAACUAGGGUGGAAAUUUUCAGCCUGGAGUGACGAUGCUUUAAGCCGUGCUUGGCCAGAGUUGCGCAGCGAACACGAUGAAGUACGGGCUCAUGUGAGCGAAUUGUUAGCAUUUUCUAGUAGAAUCAAGUGGCAACCAAAACCAUCUGUACCCUCUGCCGAAGCUUUUGUAAGAGAGUGCCGAACUAGCGAUAUAGGGGACGACAUAACGGGAAUGCGUGGCACUUACCACCUUGAGAGAGUAAAUGAUCUGGUGAAUAAGUUCAAUGUUUGGCGAGAGGAACGUCUGCCGGGUGUUCGUGCUUUUCAAUCCACUUACGAUCGGGUCGGCAUUGCUGUUUGCAAAUGGUUCUUUCAGUCGGUGCAUGAUACGCAAGCUAUAUCCACCUAUGACUACAUCUUACCUCUGAUGCCCGAGUUAUUCCGCUUCUCAGAAGUGAACGACAACGACGAGUUGGCACGCCGUGCAAAUUUGUUACUCAUACGAAUGUGUGGAGUCACUCCCCCGCAAUCCAUGAUUGGUCCGCUAUUAGAAACCAUAUUUGAUGCUAUGCGAAAAUCUCCAUCAUGGAAAGUGCGAUUGAAGGCGCUACCUAUACUUCAAGUCUUUUAUUUCCGCCAGCUGCCCCUUAUCAGCGAACUCAAAGUCGUGGAGAUUUUAGACAUGCUAUGCAAAUGUCUGGACGACGAAGUAGUUGAAGUUCGGGAAAUGGUAGGGACUACACUGUCGGGGAUAUUGCGAUUGUCGCCGAGGCGUAGUGUCAUCACACUCAAGGAUCGCUUCGUGAAACUGGCGAAGAAAAGCCACAUACCUGAACAACGAAAUACAAUCCCAUACGCACUGGCAAUUCGCCAAAGACAUGCUGCUAUCAUAGGAAUAUGUGCUCUUAUUGAUAGUUUCCCUUACACCAUAGAGAAAUGGAUGCCAGAGCUGUUGACCAGCGUGCUGGUGGAACAUACCUUCGAUCCUAUUCCUAUCUCUACUACUGUUCAUAAGUGUGCCAGUAAUUUCAGGAAAACACACCAAGACACUUGGCAUGAAGACUGCAGACGUUUCAACGACGAUCAACUGGCUGCACUCUCCACGCUACUGACGGGAUCAUCCUACUACAAAGACACAGGUCGCGUGAUUGCUGGUCUUAAGGCAGCCAUUCACAAUCCCAAUGUCUCAGAGGAGGCAAAGGAUAACGCCAUUCAGCGCCUGAACGAGCUGGGUGAUGACACAGAACGUGGCGGGGCAGCAUAUGGGAGGGCCAAUCAGCAGGGCAGCACACGCGUCCUUGGUGGUUAUAAAGCCACGUUGAGCAACGAGAAUACUUCGGAGGAGGCGAAGCAACACGCACAAGAAGUAUUGGAAGCUGCUGGUGUAUACGAGCGCCCCACAGGUAUCUCUGAAGAGGAACACGAAACCCGUGUGUUAGCUGGGUAUAAAGCUGCCCUCAACAAUCCACGAGUAUCGGAGGCUGCUAAGACGCACGCCAGAGAUUUCCUGGAGCAGCACGGCGCACUUUAGUUAUGGUGGAAUUGUGGAACUGGCUACUCAAAUCAAUGUAUCAUUAACUUGUAUCAAAAUUGUUUUUCGAAUGUAUCAUACUGUCUACUAAAAAUUGGAGCGAGCUUGCACCGUCUCGAUGUCGACGGAUACGACUAUUCCACGAAAACGGACUGUAUAUGUUGUACAAGAUAUGCGCAGAGGGGCACAGUACCAAAGGACUACUUCGCUAAAUCUUCCAAUCUGUUCAC